UUUUUUUUCUUCUUCUCAAACAGAUCCGUCGUGCACGGCAGGAAGCGCACGUGCUGAGGGUAAAGAAGAAGAAAAAAAAAAUAUGAGCAACAGAAUACAGUAAUCUCAACGCUGUUUCUGUGGACUUUUAAAGAAGAAAAAGGGAAAGAAUGUGGGAACAGGAGGAGUUUGAAAAGCACUGGAGGAAUGAGUUUCCGGACGGCGAGGUGCCCAGGAUGAACCUGUGCUCCGUGGAGGACAUCGAGAGCGAGCUGGAGCGCUGCAAAGCGCGCCUGAAGAACCUGCAGCAGGAGCUCGCUAUGGAGAAGUUCAAGGUGAUUUAUUUGCAGACCACCAUCGCGCAGAAGAGGAAAAGUUACGACACGGAGAGGUGGGGGAGCAAGGAGCAGGACGGCCCGAAACCUGAGAAGACGGACCGGGAAAGCGUGCGAGCUCCUCCGGGGAUCAGGCUGCACGCUGUCGGGAGCGAGAGCGGGGAAGAGCCGAGCGGCGGGCCGCUGCUCAGAGGAAGCAAGACCGGGAAACCCAUCCUGCUUCCUCCGCCGAGAAAGGUGGUGAAAGGGAACGCUUCAGGUUCCUCACACGCCCAGGAUGAAUGCGACCGAAGCAGACGCGACUCGGAGCGCGACAGCGACAGAGAUUACGACGACGCCGAGCUCAAUGACAACUUCGUGCGGAAGAACCUGAUCGAGCCCCGGGCGCGGGACAGCCGCAACGCGUCGCUCAGACCCUUCAGGUUUAGCAGGGAUUUUGAUUCCGGGGAUGACGGGAGAUUAUCGCCUUCGGUCCCGCUGCGAGGGAGUUUGGGGUCGGGCCGCAGCACCCCGGAGCGCCGCAGUGACGGCUACCUGAGCUCCGAGCAUGAGGACUCGUCCUCCGUGGAUUUUAACUAUAACACAGACGGUUAUGAGGGAGACGGAGCGGAGGACAGGAAGUCCCAUGAUGGCUCAGAGACCAUGCCCUUCAUCGACGAGUCUCCCACGAUGUCCCCGCAGCUGUGUGUCCGGCCUGAUGGAGACGCCGUGUCCCCUAUACCACCGGAGGGCCUACUUCCUGGGGGCGACACAGAGAAGGGUCUGGAGAUGAAGAAGCUGGUACUUUCUGGGUUCCUGGCCAGUGAGGAGAUCUACAUCAACCAGCUCGAUGCUCUGCUGCUGCCGAUGCGUCCUUUGAAGGCCACGGCCACCACGUCCAAGCCUGUGCUAACGAUGGAGCAGAUCGAAACCAUCUUCUACAAGAUCCAAGAUAUCUACGAGAUCCAUAAGGAGUUUUACGAUGCCCUUUUCCCCAACAUUCAGCAGUGGGACGAUAAGGUCACAGUCGGGCACCUCUUCCAGAAGCUGGCCAGCCAGCUUGGUGUGUACAAAGCCUUCGUGGACAACUACAAAAUGGCCGUGGAGACGGUGGAGAAAUGCAGCCAGUCCAACUCCCAGUUCCAGAAGAUCUCAGAAAACGUCAAAGUCAAGGGACCAAAAGAAUCUAAAGACUGCACCACCAUUGUCAGCAUGGAGGCACUCCUGUAUAAACCCAUCGACCGUGUAACACGCAGCACCCUUGUUCUUCAUGAUCUGCUCAAACACACUCCGAAAGAGCACCCGGAUUUCGGUCUGCUGCAGGACGCUCUCCGAAUCUCCCAGAACUUCCUGUCCAGCAUCAACGAGGAGAUCGACCCGCGCCGCACCGCCGUCACGACCCCCAAGGGAGAGUACAUGUAUGUGUGGCAGGCUCGUCAGCUGGUGAAGGACGGCUUCCUGGUGGAGGUGUCUGAAGGCACCCGUAAACUCCGCCAUGUUUUUCUCUUCACUGACUUGCUCCUGUGUGCCAAGAUGAAGAAGACUGCAGUGGGGAGGCAUCAGCAGUACGAGUGUAAAUGGUACAUCCCGCUGGCUGAUCUCACCUUCCAGACGCUGGAUGACUCCGACUCCUGUACACACGUUCAGACACUUUCCGAGCACGAGAUCGAGGAGAUGAAGAUCAAGAUCUCGGUCAUCAAGAAUGAGAUCCAGAAAGAGAAGAAAGCUCAGAAAAGCCAGAGCCGCAACGUGGACCGCUUGAGGAAGAAGAUGAACGAGCAGGAGUCGUGUCUGCUGAUAAACUCUCCCACAAUCCCUUUCCGCAUUCACAACAAAAACGGCAAGAGCUACUCGUUCCUGCUUUCCUCAGACUAUGAGAGGUCAGAAUGGAGGGAGAGCAUUCAGAAGCUCCAGAAGAAAGAUCUCCAGUCUUGUGUGUUGAGCUCACUGGAGCUCCAGGUCCUCACCAGCUCCUGCUUCAAGCUGCGCACCGUCCAUAACAUCCCUGUCACAACUAAUAAAGAUGAUGAAGAAUCUUCCGGCCUCUACGGCUUCCUGCAUGUCAUCGUCCAUUCUGCCACUGGCUUCAAAGAGUCAGCUAAUCUCUACUGCACGCUUGAAGUGGAUUCCUUUGGCUACUUCGUUAGCAAAGCCAAGACCCGUGUGUUCCGGGACACCACCGAGCCACACUGGAACGAGGAGUUCGAGAUUGAGCUGGAGGGCUCACAGUGCCUGCGCAUCCUGUGCUACGAGAAAUGCUACGACAAGUCCAAGCUCAACAAGGACGACAACGAGAUUGUAGACAAGAUCAUGGGCAAGGGGCAAGUUCAGCUGGACCCACAGACGGUACAGUCCAAGAACUGGCACGUGGACGUGAUUGAGAUGAACGGGAUUAAAGUCGAGUUCUCAAUGAAGUUUACGAGUCGGGACUUGAGCUUGAAGAGGACACCUUCGAAGAAGCAGAGCGGAGUGUUUGGAGUCAAAAUCAGCGUUGUGACGAAACGCGAGCGCUCCAAGGUGCCUUACAUCGUGCGCCAGUGUAUGGAAGAGGUGGAGAAGAGGGGGAUCGACGAGGUUGGAAUCUACCGCAUCUCCGGCGUGGCCACCGACAUUCAGGCGCUCAAAGCAGCGUUCGAUACCAACACCAAAGACAUCCUGGUGAUGUUGAGCGACAUGGACAUCAACGCCAUCGCCGGCACGCUGAAGCUGUACUUCCGAGAGCUGCCCGAGCCGCUGCUCACUGACCGCUUCUACCCAGCCUUCAUGGAGGGCAUCGCUCUGUCUGAUCCUGCAGCCAAGGAGAACUGCAUGAUGCACCUGCUGCGCUCUCUGCCCGACCCCAACCUCAUCACCUUUCUCACCUUACUGGAGCAUCUAAAGCGGGUGGCUGAGAAGGAACCGGUGAAUAAAAUGUCGCUGCACAACCUGGCCACUGUGUUCGGCCCGACGCUGCUGAGACCGUCCGAAUCCGAAAGCAACAAACCCCACAUCACACUGGCCUCCGAUAUCUGGUCCCACGAUGUCAUGGCGCAGGUCCAGGUGUUGCUCUACUACCUACAGCAUCCUCCCAUCUCCUUCGCCGAGCUGAAGAGGAACACGCUGUAUUUCUCCACGGACGUUUAACCCUCCCGACACAGACACACUUCCAUCCAUUCCCUCCAACACCACCAUCGAUUUCCUGUACAGAAUUCCACACGCGCAGAGGACACCGGACUGAGACGGCCGCCUCCUUCCUGUGCGGAGAGAGCAGCGGCCACACCUCCUCUGCCCGGGCGGAGAGCUGGAGAAGGAGGAGGAGGAGGAUGACUGAUUACCGUCUGUCAGACCACAUGCGUGUCUGUGUGUGUGUAGCUGAAGGCAUGGAGCAUGAUGGGAAGUUUGCCACCCCAGUUCAGUGACGCCGGUGCAAGAGAUGUGUUCGAACUCUGCUCUCUCUCUCUUUUUUUUUUUUUUUUUUUAUUCCGAGGCAUUACAGAAAACAUUCAUACAUACCACCACAUCUGCGUCUCCUACAUACUAUUUGUUUAAAAGCUGUUCUGGUUUUGUUUUUUGGCUUUUGCACAUGUCUGAACAGAAGUGUGUGUGUGCGCGCGCGUUUUCUCCAAGCCGAGGCUUCGAUAGGAACUCUGUACUCGGCUGGUCACAUUUUAUUCUCUGUAGAAAAACAGACAUUUCCUGACCAUUCAAAGGCCAAAAUCCUUAUUUAUUAUAAAUAAAUAGCGUCUCUACGUGUACCUGUACAGUCCAUUACAUCAUGAUGACUUAGUUUGAAGGGUUUUUUUUUUUUUUUAGUGGUAUUUUUAUUUUUGCAGACAUUUUCUUGUUUACGGGAAGUGCUGACUGAGCUGUACUGUUUAAAAAAACAAAAAUCAUAAAAAGUAAGAUAAACUUUGACCGUUAAAUCAAGCUGGUUUUGGAAUUUAAUUCAGUCUGUUCACCAUGUGAUCAUUUCCGAAACGCAGUGAUCUGUGAUUCGAUGAUGUGUGCAGUUCCUGCAUGGAUGGAUGGAUGGUAAAGGCUUUUAUUUAUCUUUCUUUCUUUUAACCCGUCUCCACGACGAUUUACAGUAGUUUUAAAAAACCAAAACCGCAGAUCUUUCUACAGUGAAGCCAGUGACGUUCUCCGAAACAGCACUGUUAGAUAUCUGAGACUCCUUGAUGAUAUUUUUUAAUACUGUAUUUUACUUUUGCUGUCAAGAUGUAAACGUAUACCACGAUUCCGAUAAGGAUUAUUGUUGUUGUGAACUUUUUUUUUUCCCUUCUGUUUUUAGUAAAAAUAAAUAAAAGUGUACAGGAAGCCCAGCGAA